GACGAGGUCCCGCCCCAGACACGCCCCCUUCCAGUCCCAGGACGCGUCGCGCGGCCCGAGCCGGAAGUAGGCGAGCUCCGGGGCGUGUGGCUAGGUCUGUGGCUCCCUGCGGCGCGCGGCCGCCGUCCACCUCAGGGGCUUACGUCUGAGGCGUCGCUGCUGUCACGACCAUCACCUCACGGAGACGCUUCUAGAGAGUAGGCCCGGCCCUUUGCCGGGCGAAGAUGUUGCCCCUGUCCAUCAAGGACGAUGAGUACAAGCCGCCCAAGUUCAAUCUGCUGGGCAAGGUCUCGGGCUGGUUUAGGUCCAUCCUGUCGGACAAGACGUCUCGGAACCUGUUUUUCUUCCUGUGCCUGAAUCUCUCUUUCGCCUUCGUGGAGCUGCUGUACGGCAUCUGGAGCAACUGCCUGGGCCUGAUCUCUGACUCCUUUCACAUGUUUUUCGAUAGCACUGCCAUCUUGGCGGGACUGGCAGCCUCUGUUAUCUCAAAGUGGAGAGACAAUGAUGCUUUCUCCUAUGGGUAUGUUAGAGCGGAAAUUCUGGCUGGCUUUGUCAAUGGACUCUUUUUGAUCUUCACUGCUUUUUUUAUUUUUUCAGAAGGAGUUGAGAGAGCAUUAGCCCCUCCAGAUGUGCAUCAUGAGAGACUGCUGCUCGUGUCCGUCCUGGGCUUUGUGGUAAAUCUAGUAGGAAUAUUUGUGUUCAAGCACGGAGGUCAUGGACAUUCUCACGGCUCUGAUGGUCCCUCCUUGAAAGAAACAACUGGACCCAGCAGACAGAUCUUACAAGGAGUAUUUUUACACAUACUGGCGGAUACACUGGGAAGUGUUGGUGUCAUCGCCUCCGCCAUCAUGAUGCAGAAUUUUGGGCUGAUGAUCGCAGAUCCCAUCUGUUCUAUCCUUAUAGCCAUACUUAUAGUUGUAAGUGUUAUCCCUCUUUUAAAAGAGUCUGUCGGAAUAUUAAUGCAGAGAACUCCUCCCUUGCUGGAAAAUACUUUGCCGCACUGCUAUCAGAGGGUGCAGGCGUUGCAGGGAGUCUACAGCUUACAAGAGCAGCACUUCUGGACCUUGUGCUCUGACGUCUACGUGGGGACUGUGAAGCUGGUGGUGGCACCUGAUGCGGAUGCGCGGUGGAUUUUAAGCCAGACACAUAAUAUUUUUACUCAGGCUGGAGUGAGACAGCUUUAUGUGCAGAUUGACUAUGCCGUCAUGUAGUGAAUAAAAUUAUUCUUUCUGGACCAAAUUCUUCUGGUACUGUACAAUCUAAAACAUUGUACCCAGCUCUUUCAAAUACAGAAAUCAUCACAACUCAGCACCAAGUGACUGGUGUACUCCGUGGGGCGCCCCAACCGAGACGUCACUCGUGGGCUUCUGGUCUUCGCGCUCCUCCCCGCCUUCCUUCCCGCUGAUCUGUGAGGUGGCUGGUUUGUUCAAGGGGGUUGGCUCGUCCUUGUGCUGGGGAGGGAGGGAGGGAGCAAGGGCGGUGGGUUUCGUGCCAUGUGCCCAUCCCUCAUUCCUGCCAGUGAGGAAUUCAGACUGUGGGCCUCCGACCAUCCGGAAUGUCUUCGCUAAAGCUGCUGGAAAUCACUGCUUUUACUCCCACAAAACCAGUGGUAUUAAAAAAAGAAAUGGAAAUCUGUUUUAUAUGUAAUGUCACCGGUGUUGACACUCUUCAGUGUAAUCAUGUUUGUAGAACUGUUUGUGCCUUGCAAACUUACGAACAAACCACAUUGGGCUUCCAAGUGCCUUGGUGUCAGGAAACGCGUCUGCCGGCGUGGAGCUGCACCAUCACGGUCGUGUAUUUUCUUUAAAUGGCAAUUGUGUCAUCUGUACAAAGGAAGACUGGUGUACGGAUGUCGGUUUACGUACUUCAGCAUACGUUUAGAUACAUGAAGUUUUUUUAUUGUUCUAUCUCAUCAAAGGUGUUAUCUUGCUCUUUAAAACAAAUUGAAUAAUCACAUUAAAUUACUUUGUGAACUGUGUUUUCAAAAUUUUA